AUGGAAAUGCUCGGACAGAAUAGGGAGGGAGAAUUCAAAAUGACAAGGUUUAGUUCAAGUUGCAGUACUGGUGGUGAUUUCGUUUAUUAUAGGGUUCUACUUUCGUUUCUUCUAUUAUCCUCACAGUUCUUCUUUCAACUUGCAUGGUGUGGUUCCGUUGUAAAGUUCCUUCCUGGAUUUGAGGGACCCCUUCCCUUUGUUCUAGAAACCGGGUACGUGGGAGUGGGUGAAUCAGAAGAUGUGCAGGCAUUCUACUACUUCAUUGAGUCAGAGAAGAAUCCAAAGGAGGAUCCUCUCAUGCUUUGGCUCACCGGUGGCCCUGGUUGCUCAGCCCUCUCUGGCCUUGUCUUUGAAAUAGGUCCACUUGCAUUUAAAAAUGAGGAGUAUAAUGGGAGCGUUCCCAAGUUGGUUUUGAGGCCAGACUCAUGGACAAAGGUUAGUAGCAUUAUAUUUGUAGACUUGCCUGUUUUCACUGGAUUCACUUAUCCCACAACAGACUCUGCUGCUCAACGAAGUGACUGGAAACUUGUUCACCAAGUCCAUCAAUUUCUCAGGAAGUGGUUGAUUGAUCAUCCAAAAUUUUUGACAAAUGAAGUUUACCUUGGUGGUGAUUCAUAUGCUGGAAUUCCUAUUCCUGCAGUUGUUCAAGAAAUUUCUCAAGGAAAUGAAAAAGGGAUCCAACCAUGGAUAAAUCUCCACGGAUACGUGCUAGGGAAUGCAUUAACAACUCGAAGAGAAAUUAACUAUCGAAUUCCCUUUUCUUAUGGAAUGGCACUUAUUUCUGACGAAUUAUACCAGUCAUUGCAAGAAAAUUGUAAAGGAGAGUACAUAAAUGUAGACACCAACAAUGUAUUAUGUUCCAGAGAUAUCAAGUCGUUCAAAGAGGCUACAUCAGGACUUGAUAAGGCCCAUAUUUUGGAACCAGCAUGUGAGACUUUUGAUACUGAAAAAUCUCGGAGGAGAUCACUGAUUAAGAAAUAUCCCACCAAGAAUUCCCUAAAUACUCGUCUCCAAUUGCCACCCACGAGCUGUCGGAGUUAUGCAUACUUCCUCUGCGGUUUUUGGGCCAAUGAUGAUAAUGUUCGUGCUGCACUGCAUAUCCGUCAGGGAAGUGUAGGAAAAUGGAUUCGAUGUGAACGCGAUAUAACUAACAAUCAGAAUAUCCCAAGCAGUUAUGAUUAUCAUGUAAAUCUCAGCAGAUUAGGCUAUCGUUCCCUCAUAUACAGUGGUGAUCAUGACUAUCUGAUUCCUUCUUUGGCAACUCAAGCAUGGAUAAGAUCUUUAAACUACUCCAUUGUGGAUGAUUGGAGGCAAUGGCAUACAAAUGGUCAAGUUGCAGGAUACACAAGGACUUACUCCAAUCGUAUGACAUUUGCAACUGUGAAGGGUGGAGGGCACACAGCUCCAGAGUACAAGCCUGAAGAAUGCCUUGCCAUGUACAGUAGAUGGCUAUCUAACAGGGCUUUGUAG